AUAUCAACACCUCCAAUGCGAAACUGAUCGGCUUCCAAAUUAUCUUGGGCCUUGGAGUUGGAGUGGCCCUUCAGAAUGCAGUCAUCGCUAUUCAGGCCGAGUGGGCUGAUCGUGAUGAACUCAUCCCACAAGCCACCUCGAUCGUCACCUUCUUCCAACUGUUUGGAGGUGUUCUCGGGAUUGCCAUCGCCGGAGCCGUCUUCUCCACUCGCUUCCACGACGGCAUUGAGAAGUAUGCACCAGGUCUUGACCCUCAACUCGUCGAGGCCAUCAGGAGUGCACUGUCUGUGGUUGCAACACUCCCCGCGGAUAUUCAAGCCAAAGUCCUCCAAGCCUACGUUGAAGCGCUGA